ACCUUACAAUUUCCACAUUCCACUUUCCACUUUCCACUUUCCCUUCCCGAAUCUGGGCUCCUUGCUCUUUCCCAUCUCUCUCUUCCCCAUUACUCAUUCAGCCUGCUCGCCGGAACCCAGGGUCUUGGCGAUGGUGGACGAAGGAUUUAGGGCUUUGGAUGAGAAAUCCCUUAUCGAGUAUAUCAGGGCCACGCCUGCUGUUUUCUCCUUGCUUGGAAAUGACCUUGAAGGCCUCACUGUCAAGGAGGUCGGGGAUGGCAACCUUAACUUCGUCUACAUCGUCAUCAGCUCCUCCGGAGGAUCUGUCGUCAUCAAGCAGGCUAUUCCAUAUAUUCGUUGCAUUGGUGAGUCAUGGCCAAUGACAAAGGAGCGUGCAUAUUUUGAGGCAUUAACCUUGAGAGAGCAUGGCCGUCUAUGCCCGUCUCAUGUUCCAGAAGUUUAUCAUUUUGAUAAGCCCUUGUCUUUGAUUGCUAUGCGCUACUUGGAGCCACCACAUAUUAUUUUGCGGAAAGGAUUGAUUGCUGGAAUUGAAUAUCCAUUGCUUGCGGAACAUAUGUCGGAAUACAUGGCUCGAACGCUGUUCUUUACGUCUCUUUUGUACCGUUCUACAUUUGAGCAUAAAGUUGAAGUUGCAAAAUAUUGCGGAAAUGUUGAACUAUGUAGACUCACUGAACAGGUUGUAUUUUCGGAUCCAUACAAGAUCUCUCAGUAUAACUGUUGGACGUCUCCUUACCUUGAUCAAGAUGCUGGGACAGUUCGUGAGGAUGAUAUUUUAAAGCUUGAGGUUGCUGGUCUGAAGUCUAUGUUCUGUGAGAGAGCUCAGGCUCUUAUUCAUGGAGAUCUUCAUACUGGUUCAGUCAUGGUGACCACAGAAUCUACUCAAGUAAUAGAUCCAGAAUUUGCCUUUUAUGGGCCUAUGGGGUUCGAUAUAGGAGCCUUUGUGGGGAAUUUGAUUUUGGCAUUCUUUUCACAAGACGGACAUGCAGAUAAUGGAAAAGAUCGAACAGCAUAUAAAGAAUGGCUUCUUACGACAAUAAAAGAUACUUGGAAUCUUUUCCGUAAGAAAUUCAUUUCCUUUUGGAAUGAACACAAAGAUGCAAAUGGGGAGGCUUAUCUUGCAGAUAUAUACAAGAAGCCAGAACUUUGGUUCAUUGUCCAGGAAAAGUAUAUGAAAGAUUUAUUUCAUGAUUCUCUUGGAUUUGGUGCUGCUAAAAUGAUCAGGAGGAUAGUUGGGGUAGCUCAUGUUGAGGACUUCGAAUCAAUUACUGAUGCCAAGAGAAGAGCAGAUUGUGAACACCGCGCUCUAGAAUUUGCUAAAAUGAUUCUUAAAGAAAGGAGGCGUUUUGACACAAUUGAACAAGUCAUAUCUGCAAUCGGGAAUAUCUCUUCGUAAUCGGCUUUAUUACGGUGUUUGUGAAAUUUGCCACUCGUCUAUCAGUGCAGUUAAUUAGAACCGAACGAAUGUUUUAUCUAUGUAUUCCCGGACAAAAUGCGGUGCCAGGUUUGAAUAAAUUUCACUGCUUCUCUCGUUAAAA